AUAAUGACCUACGAUUUUGUCAUCCCAACUCAGAUCAACGAGACGGGAGAGCACGCAGCUCUGUAUGAUCCCAACUCUAACUUCAGCACCAGCUAUGGCGUUGAGUCGUGGUUGAAUGCAGGUCUUUCUGAGCAGAAAAUUGUUGUGGGGAUGCCCAUUUAUGGAUAUUCAUGGAUGUUGAAGAGCAUAGAAAAUGUGGGAAUAGGAGCCGAGGCCAGCGGUCCAGGCAACCCCGAUGUAUAUACCUUUGCCCAAAUUAAGGAUUUUAUCAGUAACAACGCCGCCACCGAGGUUAAUGACACAACCACUGUGUCGGCUUAUUGCUAUUCUGGGCUUGUAUGGAUUGGGUACGACAACGAACAGUCUGUUAGAGGCAAAGUGGAGUAUGCCAAACAGAAAGGCUUGUUGGGGUAUUUCUUCUGGAACGUCGUUCAGGAUAGCAACUGGGCUCUCUCCAUCGCAGGGAAGACUAACCUUUCUGUCUUUCAAUUUUGUUGAUUGAUCAGCUUUCAUUGUUGAACUAGUUUUGAUUGUGGAAUUUGUAUAUCCCUGCAGCCUCGAAUGCAAUGGGUCAGUGAUCACGUCGAUGGCGAUGGUUUUAAGUCAAAUAAUUGAGAAGCGGUUGUGCAAGCUUCUCACUAUUAUGCCAUUUGAAGGAAGACAUCAUAUAA